GGACCCCCUGAAUUGUUCCGCAUCCUCAUCAACUAGCAUCCUUUGUGCAGAAACGGUGUGGUUACCAUCACGCUUACUUAAGUUUACCGCUAGUUAAAUUCUAAACGCUAUUAUUUUAAUGAUGCUUUUUACAUUUAAAAUAUAGAAGCUAACCUGUAGAUAAGUUACUGAGAAGAACUCUAACAUUUUUUCUACUCUUGUGAGUUGUUUCCGCUAUGGGCGGCUUUCAGCUCUCUCUUUUGGCCGUCGUGCUGAGUAUUUUGUCGGCUGUCGGAGACCAGGAGGCAUCCCCUCAUGUCGACGGAGCUCCGCCCUCUAAAAUAGCGGUGGUUGGAGCGGGCAUAGGCGGCAGCGCCACAGCCCAUUUCCUGCGACAACACUUUGGCCCAGAGGUGCAGGUGGAUGUGUUCGAGAAGGGUGAGGUUGGAGGCCGGCUCGCRACUGUAACUGUCAACCACAAUGACUACGAGUCUGGAGGCUCCAUUAUCCACUCCCUCAACCUCCACAUGCAGGAGUUUGUCAAACAGCUAGGCUUGAAGCAUCGCCGUAAUGUGGCGGGAAAGACGGCGGUUUUUAACGGUGAAGAGGUGAUUUUGGAGGAGACAGAUUGGUACUUGUUAGACCUGUUCCGUCUGUGGUGGCGCUACGGCAUCAGCUUCAUACGCCUGCAGAUGUGGGUGGAGGAGAUUAUGGAGAAGUUUAUGAGGAUCUAUAAGUACCAGGCCCACGGCUACGCCUUCAGCUCCGUGGAGGAGCUGCUGGACUCUCUGGGGGGCAGCGGCUUCAUCAACAUGACCAGGAGGCCGCUGUCGGAUUCGCUGCUGGAGCUGGGGGUGUCGCAGCGCUUCAUCGACGAGGUCAUCGCGCCCGUCAUGAGGGUCAACUACGGGCAGAAUGUCAGCAUCCCCGCUUUUGUAGGUGCUGUUUCUUUAGCUGGUGCCCAGAACAACCUGUGGGCUGUGGAAGGAGGCAACAAGCUUGUGUGUUCUGGUCUGCUGAGGAUGGCCAACGCUAAUCUGCUGAAGGCACGGGUCAAUUCCAUCUCCCCCGUCCAAUCAGGUGAGGCGCUCCAGUACCAGCUGAACUUCACCACAGCAGCAGGAACAGGAUCAGAGCUGUACGACAUCGUAGUGUUGGCAACCCCGCUCCAGGACAGCCUCGGUUCUGGGCUGGAGUUCCACGAUUUCACGCCCCCCUUCGACCACCUGCCCGGCAGCUACCACAGCACCGUGGCCACCAUCGUUCAUGGCUACCUCAACACCUCUUUCUUUGGGUUUGCGGACCCCCGCCUGUUCCCCUUCGCCAGCGUCCUUACAACCGACACGCCCGCCCUGUUCUUCAACAGCGUGGCCAGCGCCUGUCCCGUCAACAUCUCGGCCGGGUUCCGGCGCAGGCAGCCGCAGGAGGCCGGAGUCUACAAGGUGUUCUCAGCUCAGCCGCUGGACAAGUCCGAGCUCAAAACUCUCUUCAGGUCGUACUACUCGGUGCAGGUGACUGAGUGGCAGGCCUACCCUCACUACGGCAGCAGCCCGGGCCUGCCGCCGGUGGAGCUGCACCCCAACCUCUACUACCUCAACGGCAUCGAGUGGGCCGGCAGCGCCAUGGAGAUGAGCUCGGUGGCUGCGAAGAACAUAGCCCUGCUGGCGUACCACCGCUGGAACAAGCAGACGGACAUGGUGGACCAGAGAGAUCUGAUGCACAGGAUCAAGACCGAGCUAUGAUCCCGCCAGCUGAAAGUCCACGCGUUCUUCCUCAAAGAAACGCUUUCAAGGGUUUUCGUUUAAAGAAGCGGAAUAAUCCCUGCUGUACUGCAAAUGUCCGCUCACCUUCUCUAAGCUUGUUUUGUUUGUAAUUAGACACRCAGCUUUURAUGAACAAAAUCUGAGUCACAGUUUAAUUUUUAUCAUCAGCUGAGACUUUUAUCAACGUUAAAAAAAGGUUCUGAGUCUGUKCUGAUGUCCAAAAACCUGUCUUAUCUGCAUCAUGAGCAUGGAGGAAAGAACACACGAGGCAUGUCCUAUUCAUGAUUUGUAGAAAUUWCUGAUGUGUAGUUUUUAUCUCAAAAUUAUAAAGCUUUAAUUUGUCGUAAGAAUAAGAAGCGUUUUUCUGUGUAACUGCACUGCGUUGUAUAAACGAUUCCAAGAGGAUAAAUCUCAAAUGAAGAGGACUGAUAAUUUACUUCCUGUUUGCAGUCUGAGCUCGUUAAUCUCAGCAAUUUUUUUUUAUAAAUUAUUAAAAUAUUUAUUCAAAGUUCUGCAGUGACUCAGAGAAGGGUCCACUGGUGCUAUGUUGUGUAGCUCCCAUCAGACUGUUUCUAUUAUCUCCCCUUCCUGCAGCUUUGUUGCGUAAUCCAGCGGAAAGAAUUUAUUUUUUAUUUUUUCUCAGGAAGAGGAGUCAGCCAGCUUUAACUCUGGGCAGAAAAAAAAGACAGAUCUGCUGUUGUUGCUGAUGGUUUCUUUUUUUUUUCUCCUGGGCCUAAAAGCCUCACUCUGAUCUUACAUUUCUAACACAGGCUGUAAUCUUGUUCCUGGAGAAGCAACACACCAGACGAUAACAUGGAAAUGUCUAGACUCUGGAAGAUGGYAGUAAAACUUUGGAGAAGCGUCUGAUUUUAAUAAGUUCUGGCAGCACAUUCAGGCUGAGGCAUUUUUUUAAAAUGAGGACUUUUCUGUGAGUUAAAGGAGCUUCAGCUGAUUGUAAGAAACUUAAUCUAACGAGUCCUGUGAUUUCAUCAGAGGCUGGAGUUUGAGCUGAGACAUAUUGUUGAUCUUAAGUCCGAGUCGCCUCAUAAACUGUAUAUAUCUGUCGAGAAACUCAAAGGAUGAACGAGGCCAACAACACUUCGUCUAAUGAGCUGUGCGUCUGCUCGCUGCUGGUUUCAUAGCAGCCAGAAAACAAUCAAUGCUUAAAAUAGAAUCAAAGUGAAGUUCAGAAGCUUUCUGAAGCUCAAAGUUGUGAGUCAUUGAUGGAAAAUUAGUUUUUAUAUUAUUGAUUAUUAUCUGAUGGACUCAUUUCUGAUGUUUAAUGACCAGAAAUAUUGAAUAUAUUAUGGUGUUUUCCCCUGAAAGCAUUGUGAAUAUAAUAUUCAAAGAGGCUGACCCACUCUUUGGAUUUUUAUGAUUAUGGGUAAAAAUCCAUGGGAAAUGAUUUCCGAUGAUAAUCAAGAAAUAUUAAAGCAUAAAACCUC